UUUCGGUCCGAUCGGACGUAAAAAAUGUAAAUUUUUUGAAAUUUGCUAAUUUUCAUAAUUUUUCUUCGAAUUUUCUCGGAAAAAUUACAUCAAGUGAUAAGUUUAAGUGUCAGUGUCUCAAUUUUACAUAGAAUUACAUCAUUAACUUCACCAAAAGUGCCUAAAAUUAUGUAUUCACAUGAGUAAACAUACAAAUACAAAAAAAUAGAAAAGAAAUACCGAUAAUGAGCAUGUUAAGUGUCAUGAGAAGUAAACUCAAAAUGCUUUUCGUCACGUUUUGUUUGUUGAUAAUAUUUACGAGCCGUAUCAGCGUUCAUGCGAUAAAUCCAUUAAAAGAUCCAACAGUGUGCGGAAUUCCGGCGUGCGACAUUGAUAAUGAAAAUGAAAAGUUUCAUUAUCUCCCUAAUACUGUUUACAAAUAUUUAUAUGAAUCAUCAUUCCAAACAAUGUUUGACGGAACUGAUAGUAAUGAUCCUGCAUCGGAAUUACAUAUAAGUGCAACUAUAGAGCUUUCAUUCCCGUCGAAAUGUCAAGGAUUAUUGAAAGUCUCGUCAGCACAACUGAAAUAUUUUAAUUUAACUGUGUAUAAUGAAGUUCAUAAGUCCGGAGAUUAUGAAUAUGAGAAUUCACAGGAACAGGAAGAAAUCAUUAAACAUGAUGAAAAUAGUCAAGUAGAUGCAAAAGAUGUCCUACAUACAAGAUCAUCUGACUUUAAUAGAGAUGUUGAGAAAUUUGCAGUAAGAUUUGAUUUCCGUGAUGGUCUUAUACAGGAAAUAUGUCCUGAUAAUGAUGAAUCAGUGUGGGUGACAAAUUUCAAACGAGGAGUGCUGUCUGCUCUCCAAAACACUAUGACUCGACUUGAUUUGGAUCAAAAGUCAAACGAGAUUGAUGUAUCAGGAAAAUGUGAUGUAAAAUAUGAAUUUGUUGGAGCUGUGAGCACAAGCAUCAAAAUUAACAAGACCAAAGAUAUUUCGUCGUGUCAAAAUCGUAACAAAUUCAAAUCAAUUAUUCAAACAACACCUUAUGAAUUUAGAAAGAGUGGAAUAUCCUGGUGGCCCAUUUAUAAUUCAUCAAGUUAUUGUGAACUUUCAAUUGAUAAUUAUGUUUACAAUAAUAUUGAAUGUCACGAACGUCAUGUUUUGAUUCCAUUUUCUAAUGAGUACAAUGGUGCUGUUUCUAAAAGUUAUAUGAGAAUGAAAUUAAUUGGUGAACAUAAUUCAACUAGUAAUGAAGACGUGUACAUCGAAACAAGAAGAACACUCCUUUAUGACCAUUCAGUGUCGCCUAAACCCGUACAUAAUGAUAUAAAGCUGUCGAGAGAAUAUUUGAGACAAAUGUGUACCCUCGGAUUCCCAAACAUUCAACGAGAAUUUCCAGAUAAAUUUGUCAAAUUUUUGACUGCUACAAAGCAGUUAAGUGAAAAAGGAUUGACUCAGUUAUUAGCUCGUGCUGGUGGAAUUUGUAAGAAUGGACGAAAGCAUGUACUUGAAAGUUUGCCAUACAUUGAAAGCUCUGCAUCUGUAGAAAUAAUGAAGAAUAUAUUGACAGGAAAAAUCAAAUCAAAGGAACUGACGAAUGAAAUAAAAGAAUCUUGGAUGAUAUCAAUGUUUUAUUUGCCACGACCGGACAGUAAAAUCAUCGAGACAAUGUUCAGUUUGAUUCAGUUUUAUGAGCAAGAACCAAAUCCAAUGUAUAUUCUCAUUCCAUCAUCUGUAGCACAUACAUACUGUGAAAAUCAGCACAACUGCUUGGAAAACUAUGUGAUACAGAACAUUAUCAAGUACCUUGAAAAAAUGGUCACCAAUAACAUUGCUCGUGAUCUAACAGACAAAUCGAUUUAUGAGAAACUACUCGUUGCAAUGAAAGGUUUAGGAAAUAUCGGAAUAUUCUCUGACGACUUGGAAAAGGAAAUGCUGAGCAUUAUAAUUGAUGAGUCAUAUAGCGACGAUGUCAAGCUUCAAGCAAUUCAAUUAUUUAGGAAAACAGACUGUGAAAAUACUCGAGAUUAUUUCAAGGAUAUUUACAAGAAUUUCACACAGUCAGUGGAAGUUCGUAUUGCUUCAUAUUUACAAAUGAUGAAGUGCCCAUCAUACUUGACAAUUAAAAAUGUCAAAUCAUUUUUGAAAUAUGAGGAGCAAGUGAAUCAAGUGGGCUCAUUUGUCUGGUCGCAUUUGAUGAAUGUAGCAAAAACAUCAUCUCCACAAAAAAUUGAACUGCAAGCUUUGUUGGUCGAUGAAGAUCAAAUCAAUGACAAAUUUCGAAUGGAUUUCCGUAAAUUCUCAAAGAACUAUGAACAAAGUUUGUUUUUCGAUGAAUAUAAUUUUGGCAUAACUGGUGAAUCGAAUGUAAUUUUUGGAACUGAAUCUUACAUCCCAAGAUCAAUAUCAUUCAACGGAACUGUCAAUCUGUUUGGAGGAUCUAUGAAUCCUUUUGAAUUUAACAUAAGACUACAAGGGUUAGAGAACUACAUAGAAUCAAUUUUUGGAAUCGAUGCACCUUUAAAUUUUGAGAAGCUUGUUCAGAACUUCAAGUUUAUCUACGAUAAGGUGAAAAGUUUUAUUGACAUUGACGAAGAUAUCAUCGGUGCCAUCCUGAGAACACGACGAUCAACAGACAAUCAAAUAGAAGGAUUUGCUUUCAAGCCAAAUUAUGAAUUUAACAAGCCAAAAGGAUAUUUUGAGCAUAAAAUUUUCGGAAACGAUAUCAACUUCCAUCGAUUUGAAGGAUUAGAUGAACUUAGUGAUUUAAUAAAGAAGUUGGUGCCAAUUGAAAGAGUCAAAAAUAUUUUUUCAAACAGAAAGGAAGUCUUUAUUGACAGUGGAACAUUUGUCGAUGUUUCAUACACAGUUCCGUCAUCAACUGGUUUUCCAUUAGUUCUUAAUGGUUUUGGUGCUUACUCAUUGGACAUCACUUACUUUGCAUCAAUUAAUAAUGACAAAGUUUGGGAUACUAAAAUGCUUGAUUUCACUGGAAAAUUAAGACCUAGCUUGUCAGUGGAGCUGAAUGCAAAUAUGCAAAUGGAUUUAUUCUACAGCACAACAGAAGUGAAAUUCAAGUCAAAUGUGUAUUCAAAUUAUGCACUGGAAUCUAAUUUGAAAAUCAAGGACUAUACGCAUGCAUCAUUAAAAGUCGAAGUUCCACAAGAUCGAAAUGACAUUUUCAGUAUAAGAACAGAACUUAUAAGCAAAAUUGAAGGACGAGAUAGUUUUUUGAACGGUAUCAAUAAUCGAUUUGUCAACUCUUCCUGUACUUGGCCAACAGUUGAUGAAACGGUAGGAUUGAAGAUGUGCAUUGAUUACAGUUUACCGGAUGUAAGUGAUCAAUCAAAAAAUUAUCCAAGUUUGAUUCUAAGUGGACCGAUUAUCUUUGAUAUACAUCUUGACAAAGCAGAUCUGAGUGCCAAAAUAUUUACAUUCGACUAUAACUGGAAAGCAGCGAAAGAUAAAUCGGAAGGAUCUUUAAUUUUUGAAACACCAAAUUCGAAAAUUCCUCGCAAAUUAUCAGCAAUAGUAUUGAUGAAUCCAACAGAUUCCAAUUUUACAAUGAAGCUUGUGAAUGGUAAAAAUAUUCAGAAAUUCUUGGGACUAUACAAGAACACUCCUGAGUUAAGCUCAUUAGAUUUUUCAAUUUCUCAAAAUGGACAAAAACAUUUGCAGCUUGAAAUGAGCAUGGAUCGAGAAAUUGAAUCAAAAUCAAGACGAAAGUUGAUUCCACAAUUUCUUCUUACUAUUCAAGGACAAAAACUAGCUGGAAUUAAAGGAAUUAUCGAAGUAUUGGACAAAUCAGACGUUCGUCAAUAUGAUUUUGAGCUUAAUUGUGAAACAAAGAAACUUCAAUCUGGUGCUACUGGAACAUUAACUUUAACUGAUGUAUCACUGAGGUUAAAUACAGAAUUACAAUAUAAGUUUGCAGGUCAGAAACAAGAGACUGUUGAUAUUUUAAUGGAAUUAGCAAACAGAAGUCAACGACUUACUGAAUACAUUGGAUCUCUAAAGUUUGAAUCUUCAGCUUACAAAAACUUCAACUUUUACUCAAAUUCAUCAUUUAUUUCUUCAAUGGGACAUGCAGAACUUCGAGUUGAUUACAAUAAUGCACCUGAUUUCGAGAAUCCAGCUCAUACACUCUCAACGAGAAUUACAUUAGCUAGAAAUACUGAUCUAGUAUCGGAAACAACAUUUGCUAUUGAAAUCACUCGACCUUUAAGUGAUAUUGAUUUGAAAUUCUAUGUAAAGUAUGAUGAACUACAUAAAAAUGGAACAGAGCAUACUGCAGUUGUUCUUGUUCGAUACAGUACAAAUAAGGAAAUUGUGACAAAAGUUUCAGUUUUCGUACCUAAAGGAAAUUUGUUUGGAUUUGAUGCGACAUUUUUAUUGACUGUCCCUGAUUUGGGAACUUGCUCCUCGUCAAUCAAAGUUCAAGAAAGAAUGCAGAAGAACUAUUUGAUUGAUGUUCAAGGAGAAUGGUUUAGCAAUGAAACAAUAAAAUUCCUAGGAUCGUAUCAAGAUCGCACAUCUAAUGUCAAACAAUUUUACAAAGUGAAAGCAAUCGUCAGCAGUAAUCAGUUUAAUGACGUAAAUGUUCUACUUCGAUAUUCUAGGGAUGUACGGGAACUGAAAAUUGACGUCAAAACUGAAUAUAAUGAUGCCAAUUUUUCAUUUAUAUUGGAAUCUACUGAGCCUGAGCCUUUGGUAUUGAUUUUCAAAACGGAAUUGAAUUGGGGCGAUAAGAAAUUUUCAAUAAACUCGAAUUCGAGUUCAAAGGAUAUCGGCAGAACUAAAAUUGAAAUUCAUUUGGAUAGACUGCGCGAUGUUCAUGUUGAAAUGUGGGGUUUGGCAAAGACAUUUAGCAAAAAUGUUGGAAUUGAGUUCAAAUGGGAUGCAAAUCGAGACCCAACGCAAAGAUUUAUAUUCAGUUAUGAAGUUGAUAAACCUGAAGAGGAUGUUUAUGUUGGAAAUAUUAUUAUGAGCUAUCCAGAACGAACAAUCAAUGGAGAUGUUUACUUAUCUAAUAAAGGACCUUAUACUGGAAAGAUGAAAAUUUCAUGGAGCUUAGAAGAGAUAAUUGAAACCAGUUAUUCUGUCGGUGUAGAUUUUAAGGAAUAUAAUAAAUUAUGGACUGUUGUUCAGAUAAAUACACCGUUUCCUGGCUGGAAGAGUAACAAUAUUAACGGAACUAUUUUCCAACAAGGCAAUCUGUUUUCUGCAAAUCUCGGAACAAUUUGGGCAGAGCAUCAAAACAUUGCAUUAGAGUUCUUCAACGACUACCUUCUAAAUGACAAGGAAAUUUCAUGCGAAAUACGUGCUUCAGUUCAGAGUACAUUAGCUGAUAUUCCUGCAAUCAUAGCGAACUUUAAAUACAAUCAAACGACUGAUUUUCUUGAUACAGUUAUUCUGCUACAGCAUAAGAAUAUAAAAAACAAUUCAGAAUUUCAAACUUUUUCCAUGAAGUCUGACUGGAAGCGAACAUACGAUUUAACUUAUAGAAACAUUACGGGUAAUGUGCGCUUUAGUAGUCCAUAUUCAAAUUACACAUCCGGUGCUUUGGUAACAAAAUUCUCGUUAACAAAAGAUAGAUCUUUGUAUGGAGUGAUUGACAUGGAUAUUGAUAAAAGGGAAUAUGCAUUCUCAGUUCAAGGAUAUUUGAAAAAGUUUUUCGAUAACAUGAUAUCAUUCAAUGUUUCUACACCAAUUGAAACAUUUCCAUCUCUCCUUGGAAAAUUUGGAAUUGUUGAGCACAAAAAGUAUUUCAUUGCUGAUUUAAAAACUCCAAAUAAGUCACUUGGAAUUGAAGUUUUGUUUGACUUUGUGUCAAUAACAAAUUUUGAUAUGAAAUUCUAUGCAGCUACUCCUCAACCAUCUUUGGAGAAAAUUCUAGCAAUUGGAAAGAUAAGAGACAACAUUAUGCAUAUAGAAGGUGCUUGGAAUAAAGUUACUUUAGGAUUCCGAAGAGUAUCACAUUUUACGGAUGUUAGUGAUUUUGAAUAUUCUUAUCAAGUAUUCACACCUCUGCAGAAUUUCGAGAAAAAUGGAAUAAUCAUGAAGUUUAUUGCUGACGAUAUACAGAACUUUGAUGUUGAAGCUUCGUUUAAAUUAGGAAAACACAAGCUUGGCAUUAAAGGUUUUGGUGAACCGAAGAAACAGUUAAUUACACAAUUGGGAUUACAGAAAGCAUCAUACAUACGAGAAGAUUUUACAUCGACUGAUGAACUUGAUAGUGAUGAAAAUGAUGAGACAAAGGUUGAUAUAGACUUGGAUAAAUAUUAUAGCUUAUCAGGAAACUUUGAGAUUUGCACUAUUGUUUGGAGUCCAAUCACUGGUUCUUACGAUAUUCAACAAAUUGAUGAAACUUAUCACACUGAAGCAUCAAUAUUCAUUCCAAAAGGAGUCGUGACAGUUUCAAAUAAACUUAUCGUAAAAUCCACAACAGAUUUCAUGAAUCGUCUUAAAAUCGAUACUCCUAUACAGCAAUACCAAUCUGUAAAUUCAAAUUUCAAACUAAAAGUCAUAAGCGAAGGAGGAAUAACAGCUAGAUUUGAUGUAGGAAUCAAGAACAAAGCGAAAUGGAAGAAUUAUGGCUUUAAAUUGAAUUAUGCAUUACCAAAGUCUUCGCAAUCUAGAAUACAUGACGUGUCAUUAAUAAUUCUGUAUCCAUUGAUGAAUACAUCAAAAAUUAAUGUAAAUACAAGACUAGAACUAUCCAAGAAGGGUUUGAAACAAGCCAACUUUACACUUGAUGGAUUUAAUACUCGAUUAGACAUGUCAGGAUUUUUUGAUAAAAACGAUAAGAACUUUGACUCAGGCUUUAAUGUGAAGCUUAACUCGCCUAUUUUGAACAAUUAUGUUUUGAGUUCAUAUGCACAAAAAACAACCGUACUAAAAGACAAUCAAAUUAAUGUCGGCUUUUUAUAUAUCGAUGAUGGAAUUGAAAAUAAAUUCGAUACUGAUUUGUUCUAUCGAUUAGACUCAACUCAUGUUAUUGACGGUUAUUUAUCAGUCACAUCAAAUAUAUUCCCUGUUGAAAAAUUCAACACGUCAGUCUACAUAUCAGAAGGUAUUCGACCUAAAUUUGAUGUUCAAAUACAAUACGGACGUGAACAUGAAACUAUGAAUCAGAUGAAGUUUUUGAUAAGUAAAAAUGGAAACGCAUUUGAAGGGGAAGCUCUUACGCCAUUUAAAGAACUGAAGACAAUAAGUUUUGUUGGUAAUUUAAUUGAAGGUUCACAACCGGGAGCAUAUAAAGCCAGAGGAAAACUUUUCAAAGAUGCUGUAAAUUAUGAUUUUGAGGGUGAUGUUGUUUUGCAAAGGAACUUCCCUCAUCAUGCUGACUUGAUAUUCACAAAUGAAAAUGGUCAAUCCAAGCUCAAUUAUAUCAUCUCAGUCGAUGACUUUAAAAGAUCAAUUAAAGCAAAUUUGUCAAAAGAGAAUGACUUUGUGAACUUUGAAAGUGAACUUUUUGUUCAAGACUUGCUAGAUUGGGCUUAUAACAUCAAAGUUAUUUCAUCUCAAAAAGACAUAAAUGAACUAAAACUUUCUACAUCGCUUACACCGAUUCCGAAAAAUCAAUAUGAAGCAUCAUUUGAAAUGACGACGCCGUGGAGAGAAUAUUCUGUUGACAAAAUAAAUGUAUCAUCUGUGGUAAAUCUGAACCCAGCAGAUGGAAGUGCAAAGUUAUUUUAUGUCGUAUCACAACAUUCUGGGAAUAGUCAAUAUUCAUGGAAGUGGAUGGAUAAACAGCAGAAACAGAAUUAUGAAUUGAAACUUUUAGUAAAAUCAAAUGACACUGGAAAGCACUUCAACACAGAAUUUUCUUUCGUCAAUCCACAAAAAGGUCCUGCAGAUGUGUCAUUUUUGGUUGAUAUAAAUUCUUUAUGGAAACUAAGCACUGCCGCUAAGUACAACCUUAUUAAAGAUCAAUCAGCUAAUAUACAAGAUAUGUCAAUUGUUUAUGACUUGAAUCUUCCGAAACCAAUUGAAAGCAAUCAUAAAAUCGAGGCACGCUACAAAGGAAAUAAUUUCCCUCCUCAACUUAAAGAGAAAUCAAACACUGACUGGUAUAUAACCUAUUCAAAUCAAGCAUUGAAUGCUAAAAUGAAGUUUAAAGGCGCUAUUGAUUCUUAUUCGAAUAUGACCAAUGAGAUAAAUUUGGAAUGGGGUGAUUCAAAUGAAAAGAAUCAAAUUGGAAGUGACUUUACUGUUUCGAAAAAGAAUGACAAAACUUUUUACAAAUGGGAACUAAAAACUCCAUCUUAUAAGGAUGAAAAAACACUGGUAAUAAAUGCUAACUAUGCUAAGCAAGAUAUCUUCAAAGUCAUACAUACAGACAUCAAUUAUCCAGAAUCAAAACAAAUUACAAUUGGUGAUGUGCUAUUUACUGACAUGCAAAACACAAAAGGAGCAAUCAACACAUCUCUUCCAAUAUUUAACGUGACAUGGUUUAACUUUGAUUUCGAUUUUGACAGUCAGGAUAGCGAGACAACGAAAUUCAUAAAAGCUACAUGGCCAGAUAAUCAUGCUUUAAUUGAUUCCAAAAGCACUUAUUUAGAAGCAGGAAAACAUAAGGAGUGGAAGGGAACAAUUAAGGCUGAAAUUCCUUUGCAAUCUAAGCACAACAUUCAAGUGAUUUAUGGAUUAGAGGAAAAACCUUUAAUAACAACUGGUGAUGCUACAGUGGAUUACAACACAAGAAAUGUCCUUAACAGCCACUAUACAUGCAAAACAGAACGAAUUUCUGCGAACCAUAAUAAAGAAAUUAUUGAUUUAAGCUUAGAGAAUGAAAAACGACCACUUGGUAUCCACUAUACACACGAGAUGAAUAAAAAUCCAAAUGAAAAACUCGAUUAUAGCAUGAAACGACUCGAAUUCUUCGAUUUGAGUAAAGAGAACAAUGUUGUAAGGUUCAACAUUACAAGCGAAUUUACGGUUGAAAUACGAGAUAAUAAGCAGAAAUACAAAUUUGUUGCUAUUCAUCCAAACCGAACAAUAACAUGGACAUCCGAUUAUACGUCACUGACAUCAAGCACGCAACAAAGUUCUAAAAUUGAAUUGUCAGAAGAUAUUUGGCUAGAAUAUGAUUUUAAUUUAUCGAACUUGACAGCAAGAGAUGAAGAUGGACAGCAAGUCAGUUUUGCAAUAUCAUAUCCUGGAAGAAAAGUUACUGCUCGUGCAAAUUAUGAAACUAAAUCAGAUUCCAUUAAGACUAAUGUAAAUUUACAAUGGGAUAAGAAAGAGAACGAUGAAAAUAACAAUCAGAAUACUGAGGAUGACGAGGAGGAAGAAUCACCAGAAUUUAAAACAGUUGAGGGAUUUUUCCAAUGGAAGGAUCUUUCAAACUCAUCAAGUGAUAAUCACCAAUUCGUCAUGUUUGCAUUGAAACAUCCAAAAUUCGAAAAAGAUGUUACAGUUCAAGGAAGUUAUUUCAGAAACAAGGAAAUUCUUGGAAAAAUUGAAGUUGAUGUUGAUUACACUGAGGAAGAAAGUCAUCACGCUAAGUUUACUUCUAUAAUUGAAAACCUAAGUGAUAAAGUUGGAUAUAAGAACUUCACAAUUCAUGUUAAUGGAGAUCAUGAUGCUUCUGAUCUUCAUUUAUUCCUUGAUGGAUCUUUGGGACUUCAACAAAAUUACUAUAAAAUGGAAGCCAAUGCAAAUUAUAAGAGAGGAUAUCUGCCUGAGAUGGAACUUGAACUUUUAAGCUUCAUUGAUUUAAAUCAGAAAGAAAUAAAGUUUUAUCGUCACACACCAAAUAAGGACAUCGACCUUUAUACAAUUGUAAAAUCCAAUUUCCCAAUAUAUACUAUAGAUGGAAUUUAUAUAGAUAGUCCUGAUUAUGAAAUGGCUGGAAAUUUCAUAAUAGAUUUAAAGAAGAAGACUGUUAAUAGUGAUGUUAAGCUUUCAGCCGAUGAGACGCAAAAGUUCCAAAUUCGAGGAAUAAUCCCUGAUACCAGAAGUGCAACUUUAAACAUAUGGAGAGAUUAUGAUGACAUCAGAAUUGACGAUAUGUCUUACUUCAUUCAAAUGAAUCAUUCAAGGCUGAUAACUAGUAAGCUGUUAUGGAGACCAAAACUGAAGAAGGAAUUAAAAACAAACAUAAAGAACUUUAUGGUUUUAAGGUAUCUUGCAAUAGCUGAAGAAAUUGAAUAUUGGGUGAAAACUUACUACACUGAAACUAAAGAUACAAUCACUGGAGUUUUUGCUGAAACUGAACAAUACUUGAUUCCAUUCCGUGAAGAUCUGGCUGCUUUGAAGGAUAUCGACGAAGAUUUAUUGAAAUUCAAGAACUUCUUGAAUGAAUCUUAUUAUAAUGAUGACUUUUAUGUUCAGUCUUUGAUGAACUACACAUUUACUGUCCUUGAUGAGUUGUCGAUUACUAAUCAUAUUACAGACAUUCCUAAAAUAUUUAAGGAGAUUUGGGAAGCUUUAGGUGAAUCAAGUGAUGCUUUUAAGAAGUCGAUUUUCUGGAUCAUUAACUUGAUGAAAACAUCAUACAAGGACACAGUUGAUACAUUCAACAAACUCGUUCAUGGCAGUCUUACAGACUAUGUUACUCAGUUCCUCAAUAAUAUCAUUGAGAAUUAUGAUCGAUUCGUUAAGAACCUACACAUUACAUUUAUGAACUCUAUUGAGGCAAUGUGGGAUAAUAUGGCACAAGCACUGUCAAAUUAUUGGAACAGAAUCUUAGAAAGUAUAGAACCUCAAAUUCUAAGAAGUAUUCAUUAUGUCGAAACCACUUUAUGGUCUGUGAGUGCGGAGAUUUUCGAUUUUAUGUACAACCGAACAAAUGAGUUCAUGGAAUCUCCAUACUUUGUGAAGGUUUCGAAUAUUACACAUGACUUGGAUGUUCUCUAUCAAGAUAUCCAAAGAAACGACAUGUUUACCAACUUUAAGAAGUACUCGACAAUCAUGUAUAAAUUCUUAAAAGAGAAAAUCCUUCGUGUUAUGCCAUUUGGAAAAGAAGUAAGGAUCAUCUCAGAAGACAUAUCUGUUGCAUACAAGGAAAUCAGACAAAUUGAGUUUGUAAAGGAAUACUUUGAUCAUCUUGAUGAAAUUGAGGCAAACAUACGAUGGUUAAUUAAUGAAUUCCAGCUAGAGAAACGACUAGGAGCUCUAUUUGAGAUCCUUAAAAAGAAAUUGAACAGGAUAACACAGAGUGCCUUAGAGACUGAAGACAUAUACCGAGAAGCGAAGACAAAGUUCAUUUUUGAUCCACAUACAGGAGUAAUUGAAUGGGAACAAAAGCUUCCAGUAGCUUGGCAUGCAUUUAAUGAGACACCACAGUUUGAGGAAAUUCCAGAAUAUAAGUUCUUCCUUGAUACACAGGAUUUCCUAUUUACCAGUAAAAACUCAUCAUUCAACUUCUUUUAUGGACUUAUGUUAAGUGAACCACAAAACUUCGUUCCACCAUUUAAAUCAUAUGCUCUGCUUAUAGGAUCAAGACACAUCUUUACAUAUGAUAAAUCAAACAUCGAAAUCAAUGCCACUGAAUUUGGUGAAUAUUCAACAAACUCUGAAGCUUUAAAUGAUCAAUGUUCUUAUUUGCUUGCACAUGACUUUGUUGAUGAACAAUUCUCAAUUAUACUUAAGCCAGCAUCAAUAACAGAGAAAGAUCAAAAGUUCAUGUCCAAAUCUCUCUUGAUAAAGACAAAGACUUCUAAGGUUGAAAUUGAACUUGGAAAUCCUGAAGGUGAAAUUAAAGUUGGAGAUAGAUUAAUGACAAUAUUGCCAAAACAAAAAGGAGAUAUGCUUGUUACUCGAGAUCAUAAUGUUGUUACUGUAAAAUCUAGGAAAGGCUUUGCAGUCACUUGCAAUUUAGAGUUUGAUGUAUGUCUGAUAGAAUUGAGUGGUUGGUAUUUCGGUAAGAUUGGAGGUAUUCUCGGAACUAUGAACAAUGAAAACUUUGAUGACCUUACAAAAUCAGAUAAUGAAGUGACUGAUGACCAAAAUGAAUUUAUUGAGAGUUGGAGAACGACUAAAGAAUGCAAUAGCAUUGGAGGUUCUCAAGCUGGAAACUCUAGUGAUCUUUAUGAGGACCUUCAAGAGAAAUGCAAUCUGUUCUUCAAGCUUAAAACUUCAUAUGUUGCAAGUUGCUUUAGUGUUAUUGAUCCAACUGCAUUUUAUGACAUGUGCCUUAACUUGGGAACCUUACCAAGGUACCAAAUAUCUACUAAAAGCAUUGAAAAAGCUGCUUGCACUUCCGUAAUUUCUUACAUUGAAGCCUGUUCGAUUCAAAAUAUUCCGCUAAGAAUUCCUGAUGCCUGUAUUUACUGUAACUUACCUAAUAAUACUCACGUGACUGAAGGAACUUUUGUAAAGCUUAAGGAUGAAUCAUUUAAGCCAACAGCUGAUAUAGUUUUUCUAGCUGAAGCUAAUGACUGUAAUACAGACACUUUUAAGAAAAGCAUACUAAGAACUUUAGUUUCUUCAAUAACAACGGAGUUUAAGCAUAAUUCAAUCAACGAUGUCCAAUUUGCCCUCAUGUCAUUUGGUGGAUCAAAUGAGUUUACGCACCCAGAAAUCGUUACUUCCAAUGGAAAAAUCUUUACAACUGCUCAAGAUAUUUAUUCAUAUUUUGAUCACAUUAAAGCUAGCAAUCAAAGCUCAAUGGAUGUUCUUACAGCUAUUACAAAAGCAUCAAAGCUUAUUUUCAGGCCAGGGGCUUUAAAAAUUUUCGUACUUUCGUUGUGUGGGAAUUGUGAGAUUGACUCACUUAAGUUCGACUUCAAAUCAAUUGGCCAACUGCUGCGUGAAAAUGAUAUCAUUCUGCAUAUCCUGUCAAAUGAAGCUAUAAAUUCCAAGAAGAUAUUAGGAAUUGAUAAUACAAAAGCUUAUCUAAGAAAAGAUCAAACAAAACUUACAGGAGAUGAAAAAUUAAGGAAGACUGUCAAAAUUCCAAAAGCUAUAAAAGAAUGUGAAUCUCUAACAUAUGAAACAGAAGGCUCAAUAUUUUUAACUGGAGGUAGAUCAAACGUGAAUGAGUUGAAGAUAUUGGCUAGUGUCUUUGCUAAGAGAAUCGCUAAUGUUCAUGUCAAACCUUGUCAUAUAUGCGAAUGUGAAGGACACAACUCUGGAACAGCUUAUCUUACUUGUGUGAGCUGUGAAAAUUUACCAUUUAAGGACAUUGAAAGCAUGAAUGAAUACGACGGACUUGAUUUAGGUGAUGCGAGCGACUAUGACGAUGAAAACAGCUAAACAUAAAGGAAAUGAUUAAUUUAAGGUAUUUUUAAUUAAUUUUUUAUAAAUUUAUUUCUCAAUAGCUUUUAAACAUGUUGCAAAUAAACAUAUCUGUCAGCUAUCUUCCUAUAUGCUUGAAUUGUUUUUGUAUUCAUUUUUACAUCAAUCAGUUGCUUAUUUAUAGAUUCGCUUCUUUUUAUGUUGCGUCCAAUUCUUCUACCCACAAUUGUUAAAUCAGCAUAAUUCUCCUGUUUUGGCAUUUCUUGGGAAUAAAUAAGUUCAAAAUCUCCUGUAUAGGCACUUGAGUCUCUUGAAUGAUCCACUACGACUAGAAAUAUAUGAUUUUUAAUUAAUGGAGAUUGGAUGAUUAGAAUUUGUGUAACAUGCCUUUAAUCACAUCAUCCAGAAGCUUGUUUGUUAUCAUUUCGACUACAGAAUUUGAGAAAAACAACGCAGGAACAGAAUUGACUUCAAUCAAUGACGUUUCAUAGUCGCUAGGGAUUAUUACAGCAAGUAAAAUUUUCUUAAUUGCUGGAUAAAUUUUUGAUUCCCACAGUCUCGGCUGCUCUAUUGUUGCAAAAUAAUCAAUCAAUUGUCUCAAUGUCCACAUGUUUUCUUUUGCAUAAGGCACAGCAUCUUGUUCAUUCAUAAAAUGCUUUUGUACAGCAUAAUUAGUAACAUGAAUGGACCUGUGAAGAUCAUUGAGCUUAAAUCGUUUAGUUGCAAAUUUCACAUAACAAUCUUUAUACAGCCAGAUAUGCACAAAUCCAUUCUGUAUUGAUGUCAUCAAGUAGAUUCUAAUGUCAAACUUUUUACCAUGAAUCAGCAUUGGUCUCUCAAUGUAUUUUUGAACUAGGAUUGUCUUGUAAGCAUUUAUGGAUAGCAUUUCACGAAUUCUUUGAAAGUGAUUCUCUAGAAUUAUGCCAUUUCCACUAGAAUUACCAAGAGGCUUGAAUAUCCAAGUAUUAUUAUAUCCAUCAUACUGUAAAUGAGGCCAGCGAUGCUCAAUCUCGUCUGCACAAACUUUUAUGUCAACUAGGUACUGCUGAAUGAUCAGGGGAUCUACAAGCACGAAUUUUCUAUUUCCAUUAAUCAUUUGGUGGAUAUAAGUGAGAAUUUUCCGUUGAUCCUUUGGGUAUUUAGCACAAGCAUCAAAUAUCCUUGACAUGUCGAUGUCUUCAUGAUCGUCAAUUUUUAAUAAAAGUUCGAUUUUCUGUAUUGUAAAGUCAAUGGAUUCUAAAGGAACAUUUCCAGCGAUUGAGAAUAAUUCAGAAAACUUUUCAACGGAACUAAGGAAUUUGAUGAAACCUAUAAAAGCUGUUUGCCUAUAAUCCUCAAAAAAUUCAUCUUUUGAUGCCUUAUCAUUGAGUAUGUGAGUCCUUGGAUAAUAAUUGAGUUCAGUAACGCCUUCAAUACAAUUCCAAGAGAAAGAAUCUACGCAGUUCUUAAGUCCAUCCUUGGUUGUAAAGUCAUACAUCCUUUGUCGAAAGAUGGAAUUAACAAUAUGCUUCUUAGCUUCAUCAGUCUUAAUUGGACGAAACUUCGGUUGCCAAAUUAAAUUAAAGUCUGUGUUCCUUAAAAGUGACGCGAUUAACAGUCGUUCUGAUGAAGGUGGGAUGUACAUCAUUUGAUUGUCAAGAACCUUUUCCAACCAGCCUCGAUCGACUAGUCCUUUUCGAAUGGCUUCAUAUCUUCCCAUAAUUAUAAAAAUUUUCUUUUCACUUUUUGCCUUUUUGACUUUUUCCUCAAUGCUUUUCAUGUUCAAAUCUUGAUGCUGUGUUAAUUUUGCUGAUCUAAAUGCCAUUUCGAAAGAUGUUAAUCCUUACUAGAAAUUUUGAUGCCAAAAAUAAUC